UCCAGCUGUGUGUUCAGUCCAUUCGAUGAGCUCUUUCAGUCAACGCAAUAAAACCAAGGGGUUUCAGUCUGACAAAAGAAAAAAUCCAAGAAAACGUAUUGCAAAAUUCACUGGCGGUAGAAUUUCGCUUGAUGUUCCUGCGCCGAAGCAACCGAGAUGCCAGACGUCGACAGCAUGCAGCAAGACAAGUCUAAUGUCUGAAGCUCGCGAUCGGGUCAUGGAGGAUUCCUUACUUAAUGAUGCAGAUGCAUAUCAAUUGCUCAUUGGUUCUGUACAAGAUGCUUUUGCUACUACUGCAGAGAAAGCAGAGAGCUGGCAUGGAAAUGUGAUUACUCUAAAAGACAAAGUUUUUGACAUUCAGGAGGUGAUUGAGUCAAACAGUCAUAGUGGUUCUCACUUAGAAGAUAUUAACGCAACAAAGAAAAGGGCAGACAGAGUAAGUUGGAGCAACCAACAGUUUUCAGAAAAAUCAAGUUCUGUGGCAAUCAACACAUUUAAGGAAUUAUCAUCAGAUGAUUCAUUUUGCAAACAUUUUGAGCAUGAAUUAUCUGAAGAAGGCAUAAAGCAGUUGGAGAUACUUUACACUAAGGGAACAGAAUGGCAGGCUGUGUCUACAAAUGUUCUGACUGGUGUUGAAAACAUUAGUGGAAUUGUUCAUCCAGUAGUCAUCUCUUCUAACUUGGCGGCAAGUUGUCAUCAGAAGACUAUUACUAAUAGCAGUGACUUUGAAGUGCACAAGUCAGCACCCACUGAAUUCAAGCUUGUAGCUCGGUUAGCAGGCCGUUGGUCACUAUUGAAUUCCCCAAGUGGAGGAGACACUCAGUGCCAUGGAUUUACUAUGUGGCAGGCAGAAAUUUUUGAAAUGUUGAAUGGCUAUCAGGAUGUUUUGUAUGCUCAAGAAAACCAGGAUAACGCUGACGAACUAAGAAGACUGUAUUGUUUACAUUCCCUUAACCAUGUUUUGAAGUCUCAGUAUAGAAUAUUGAGAAACAAUGCAAAGUAUGUAAAGGCGCAGCAAGAGGGAGUGGAUCCCAAGGAGAUUUGCAGUGAGUGUUGUGAUCAAGGAUUUACAAGGCCCAAGGUUUUAGUUGUGUUGCCAUUUCGUAAUACAGCUUUAAAGGUGAUUCAAACUAUGAUCAAGCUUUUGAUGCCGGAAGAAGAGAAAUAUGUUGGUCACAAAAAGCGUUUUCAGGAAGAGUACGGUUGUUAUGAAGAAGACGAGGCAUCUAUUUAUAAACCAGAAUCAUACAGGAAUAUUUUUAGAGGAAAUGUGGAUGAUUGCUUUCGCAUUGGAAUUCAGAUUCAGAAGAAAUUUGUCAAACUCUACACAGACUUCUACUCAUCUGAUGUAAUUGUUGCAUCUCCACUAGGGUUGAGGACAAUGUUAUGUAGUGACAAGAAAUCUGAUUAUGACUUCUUGUCAUCAAUUGAAGUUGUGAUCAUGGAUCAAGCUGAUGUGUUUCUCAUGCAAAACUGGCAACAUAUUCAGUUGAUUUUUGACAAGUUACAUCUUCAACCACAAGAAUCUCAUGGUUGUGACUUUUCUCGUGUGCGGCAUUGGUGUCUUAAUGGAUGGUCAAAAUUUUAUCGCCAGACCCUGAUGUUUAGCAGUUUUCAAUCUCCUGAAAUCAAUGCUCUGUUCUCGAAGUCUUGUUGGAACUAUGCUGGAAAAGUGAAGAUCACUGCUGCUGAGUUUUCUGGAUCUGUUUGCCAGAUUGCAUUACCAGUUGUUCAGGUUUUCAAACGGAUAGAAUGCCCUUGUUUGCCGGAAUUGCCAAACAGGAGGUUCGAUUUGUUUGUGACAGAGAUUUUGCCUCAGCUGACCACUAAUAUCAUGAAUACUAUGAUAUUCAUACCAGAUUACUUCGACUUUGUACGGCUUCGAAACCACUUCAAGAAGGAAGAAAUCAGUUUUUGUGAAAUAUCCGAGUACACAUCACACCAGAAUGUGUCCAGAGCCAGGACGCUUCUCUAUAACAAAAGCAGGAAGUUUCUGUUGUAUACAGAACGUUUCCAUUUUUUCAACAGAAUACGCAUUGGUGGUGUUGGUCAUGUUGUGUUCUACCAGCUGCCAUAUUACGAGGAGUUCUACAGUGACAUUAUUAACAUGAUGCAAUCAACUACUGGCAAGAAGGUAAUGGUAGAGACGGAAGUAAAUCAUAGUUCUUCUACAUCAUGUAUGGUAAUGUAUUCACGGUUUGAUGCCCAUCGAUUAGAGCGCAUAGUUGGAACUGAAUACUCAAAAACACUAGUUGGUGGAUUGGAACAGAUGCAUGUGUUUAGGUCAGAAUCUUUGAGUACCUUUUCAACACGUCAGUGUAAUAGCUAGACAAACUGGUAUUCCGUAUGUUCUAAUUCUGUCUUCUAACUAGUAGUGUCUGUACUUCAACAA